AUGAGACAUAAGCUAAUGAUGCAUUCAACAAGUAACAGUAACAAUGAAGUUUUGUGGAGGAAGUUUUGGAAAAUCCAGAUGCCACCUAAAAUUCAAGUGAUUAUGUGGAAAGUGUGCCAUAAUAUCAUCCCUGUGCUUAAAAAUCUACAGAAGAAAGGGAUGGAGGUGAAGCAGAUUUGGCGUGCGGUUCUUCCCGAGGCAGAGCUUGGGAGCCUUUUUAAUGACUGCUAUCUGGAGAGAUGGUCGUACUGGAUGAAGAAUUUAUCAGCUUCUAAUCUAAGGUUAGCCGAAAUCACGUGUUGGGCCCUAUGGAAUGAUCACAACGCCUUGAUCAACAAGAAGAAGAUCCCGGAAGCUCCAAUUAAGAGAAGAAUUCCUCGAGUGAAUGCAUGGAGGCCUCCUCCCCUGGGGUGUGUGGUGAAGAUGAACACGGAUGCGGCUGUGUCGACAGAGGGAUCGGGUGUUGGUGUUCUGCUUCGUGACGGAAAUGCGGAGAUUGUGGCGGCCAUGAUUGAUUUUCAUGUGGUGAAGACUCCUCUACUGACUGAAAUUUUGGCAAUCAGGGAAGGUUUGAGGCUGGCAACAAGGUUGGGGGUCCAUCGAGUCAUGGUGGAGUCGGAUUCACUUGAAGCCCUAAAUUUAAUUGGGGACAAAUAA